AUGCUGUCCUCUCCGGCCGUGGUGCUCCAUCCGUACAGCCUGCCCGUCUACCCGCAGGUGCCCCAGUGCUACCCGGGCCUGGUUCAGCAGGGUAGCCAGGAUGCCGCUGCCCCCGCCGACCCCAUGACUCAGACGUACCCCGCCCCGUACCCCCCGGCCCCGGCCCGGCUGCCCCCGCCCUUCCGCCCGCCCGGCACCCUGCAGGACUACCCGCCGCAGACCCCCGCCGAGCACGGUCUGUGCCUCUACCCGGCUGGCCAGCCCCACCUGGAGCACGCCACCCCGCCGGAGCCCCUGGUGCCAGCCCUGCCUCCUCCCCCCGCGCCAGCCGAGGAGAGUCCUGCGGCCGCUCUCACCCCAGAUGGCCAGGAGGCAGAGAGCGAAGACAGCAAAUCCCAGCCCAAGCGGUUACACGUCUCCAACAUCCCCUUCCGCUUCCGUGACCCCGACCUGCGGCAGAUGUUUGGGCAAUUCGGGAAGAUCCUAGACGUGGAAAUCAUCUUCAACGAACGCGGCUCCAAGGGUUUUGGCUUCGUGACCUUCGACAGCAGCCAGGAUGCGGACCAGGCGCGAGAGAAGCUAAACAGCACCGUUGUGGAGGGCAGGAAAAUUGAGGUGAACAAUGCCACGGCCCGUGUGGUCACCAAGAAGCCUCCGGCAGCGCCUGCGGUGAACGGUUGGAAGAUCAACCCCUUGGUUGGCACUGUCUACGCCCCCGACCUCUAUACAGUGGCCACCAUCCCCUACCCGAUGGUGGCCCCGGCGGCGCUGGCCUAUCGCGGGGGCCUGCGGGGCCGUGGCCGAGCCAUCUACAGCCCGAUCCGGGCAGCUCCUGCCCCGUCGCCCGUCCCUGCCUACGGGAGUGUGGUGUACCCGGAUGGGCUGUACGGCACCGAUGUCUAUGGCUAUGCAGCUUACCGUGUGGCACAACCCCCUGGGGCGGCGGCAACGGCAGCGGCGUACACCGACGGGUACGGCCGGAUCUACACCACGGCGGAUCCUUACCACCACGCCGUCACUCCAGCCUAUGGCGUCGGGGCCAUGGCCAGCCUGUACCGCGGAGGGUACAACCGCUUCACGCCGUACUGA